AUGACCCUUACAUGGCUGGAAGGCGUACCUCAAGAUGCAGAAUCACAAUGUAAUCCUGAUUCAAACACCUCGACAUCGGUGAACGGGGGCAUCCAGUCACACACGCAUCAAAACACUACGCUGCUUCCAGACAGCCAAUGUCAAACUUACAAGAAGGGAACAAUGAGUCAGAGCAAGACCGCAGAACCGCUACCCCACGUGACGCACGAGUUCAACAAUUGCAAGUUUGAUGGCAGCACAAGCAUGAUAGUCGGCGGAACUGGUAGGGUGGUCAUUUGGAACCCGGACAAUGGUCUAGUUAUCCUCGCCAGCGGUGAUAGGAAUAAUGCCUGGUUCUUGAAGAACAUGUGCGGCUAUCGAGAGUAG